AUGACUGUGUUGAGCGCCGCCAUAAGCACGAAGAGCAAGAUUUUGGUUUCGCGGCAAUUUCAGAACAUCAGCAAAUGUGACUUGGACUCUCUAACCAUCCCGUUUCAUAAUCUGAUCGAAAGAGAGAGGAGCGACCACACGUAUAUAGAAACGGACAAAGUAAGAUAUGUGUACCAGCCGCUGGAUAGUAUUUAUAUUUUCCUAAUAACGAAUAUAAAUUCUAACAUAAUAGAAGACUUGGAAAUAAUUAAAGUGCUUAGUCAGAUUAUUCAGGACCUAUGUCAGGGGAACAUCAACGAAAGUACAAUUUUGAAGAAAUGCUUUACUAUCAUAUUCUACAUUGAUGAGUUGAUAAAAAAUGGAGUGCGCGAAAUAGUAAACACGAAUCAAAUAAAAACGUAUAUAGAAAUGGAAUCACAUGAAGAGAAAUUGCAGACCAUAAUUAGGGAGAAUAAAGAGAAGGAGGAAAAAGAGAGAAGGAAAUUUAUUGCUUCCAAGUUGGAAAAGAAUAGACAAAAACAGGGCAAAACUGGUAGUAACAGUUUUCUCUCCAAUGAUAUCAUCACAAAUGUGGAUUUCAACACCAACAUGGGUUAUAACACCAAUAUGGGUUAUAACGCCAAUAUGGGCUAUAACGCUAAUAUGGGGUACAACAGCAACAUGGGCUACAACAGCAACAUGGGCUACAACAGCAACAUGAUGGACAAUUUCCUAUACAAGUCGGAGGAGCAGCACAGUGAUAUUAUCCUUGAUGAGAGCUUCAAUUCAUAUAAAGGAAUGCAAAUAGCAGGCAAAAAAGAGCAAGUGAAAAUUCUAAACGUAGUAGACAGUAACAAAAUGCUCAACAAGCCAAACAUCAAUGUAAACGCCCUAUUUGAUAAACCCAUCAACAUAGUCAUAAGUGAACAUAUUAUAUGUACUCUGAGCUCUGAAGGAACCCUUUGCGAUUUGGACAUUCAAGGAACCUUUAAUAUGCAAAUAAAUAAUCACAAGUAUUCAAAAGUUAUUAUAGAAUUGGAUAACGAGUAUUCAGAUAAAGCUAAGAUACACCCCAUAUUGGACAAAAGUAAGUAUAACUCUAAUGUGCUGGAGUUGAAAGAUAAGGGAAAGAAUUUUCGGACAAUGAAAGUACUCUCCUAA